AUGGAGUUUGAUGGACGUUGUGCUAGCUCUGAUUCAGGUGCAGGUGUGGUCCUGAUUUCUUCACAAGGUGAUAUUAUUCCUUUUUCUUUUAAAUUGGAUUUUAAAAAUACCAAUAAUACAGCAAAAUGUGAGGCAUUAAUAUUGGGUAUUUCAGAGGCUAAAAAUAAGGGUAUUAAGUUGUUAAGAGAAAAGGGUGAUGCUGAGCUGAUAGUGAAGCAGGUUAGAAAUCUCUUUCUAGUUAAGAAUGAGAGAUUGAAGCACUACAAGAAUAGGGCAUGGGAUGAAAUAGAAUUCUUUGAUGCCUUUUUAAUCGAAGUUGUGCCUAGGGAACAAAACACCAGAGCUGAUUCUCUAGUUGUUUCCACCUCGCUUCUAUUGCCUCAUCCAGAUUUUAAGGAAGAUACAUAUAAGGUGGAGAUGAUUUACCGACCAAGUGUCCCUAACAAUGUUCAGAAAUGGCAGAUUCCUUUGAAACCUGGCACUACUCCUUUUAAGCAGAAGUUGAGAAAUUCCAGUCCAAUGAUUGCUGAGGAGAUUUUCAAGGAGGUUGAUAAAAUGCUGAAGGCAAGGAUAAUUUAUCCUAUACAUCAUUCCACAUGGGUGGCGAACAUAGUUCCAGUAAGGAAAAAGAAUGGUGAGAUCAGAAUUUGUGUAGAUUUCAGGAACCUAAAUCGAGCAAGUUUAAAGGACAAUCAUGCUCUACCCAAUAUGGAUCAUAUCUUGCAGACUGUUGCUGGUGCAGAAAUGAUGUCAAUGUUGGAUAGGUUUUUCGGCUAUAACCAGAUGAUAACAUAUGAAAAAUAG